ACAGCGUACUGGGUGCUGCAGCAUAAGCAUACUCCCGUCAUUCUCUCACUCUCAGUCCCACCUCCACUCCUCUAGUACCAUAGAGGUGCAAUUAUUUCUACUUAACUGCGGCGGCCGAGGUGCGAAUUCGGCACCGAUCGUUCAAAAUGGUGAACUUCACGGUCGAGCAGAUCAGGGCGAUCAUGGACAAGAAGUCCAACAUCAGGAACAUGUCUGUGAUCGCUCACGUGGAUCACGGCAAGUCCACACUGACAGACUCCCUGGUGUGUAAAGCAGGCAUCAUCGCCUCCGCACGGGCUGGGGAGACGAGGUUCACAGACACACGCAAAGACGAGCAGGAGCGCUGCAUCACCAUUAAAUCCACAGCAAUCUCCCUGUAUUACGAGCUAUCGGAAAACGACAUGGCCUUCAUCAAGCAGAGCAAGGACGGCUGCGGCUUCCUCAUCAACCUCAUCGACUCCCCCGGGCACGUGGACUUCUCCUCCGAGGUGACGGCUGCUCUGAGAGUCACCGACGGAGCCCUGGUGGUGGUGGACUGUGUGUCAGGGGUGUGUGUGCAGACAGAGACAGUGCUGCGGCAGGCCAUCGCUGAGCGGAUCAAGCCGGUUCUGAUGAUGAAUAAGAUGGACCGGGCCCUGCUGGAGCUGCAGCUGGAGCCGGACGCGCUCUUCCAGACGUUCCAGCGCAUCGUGGAGAAUGUGAACGUCGUCAUCUCCACCUACGGGGAGGGCGAGGCCGGGCCCAUGGGCAACAUCAUGGUGGAUCCGGUCAUUGGUACCGUGGGGUUUGGGUCGGGGCUGCACGGCUGGGCCUUCACUCUGAAGCAGUUUGCUGAGAUGUACGUGGCCAAGUUCACUGCCAAGGGAGACAAGGGGUCCCAGCUCCCCCCCACAGACAGAGCCAAGAAAGUAGAGGACAUGAUGAAGAAACUGUGGGGAGACAAGUACUUUGACCCAGCCGCUGGGAAAUUCAGCAAGACCUCCACCAAUGCAGAAGGCAAGAAGCUGCCCCGCACCUUCUGCCAGCUAAUCCUGGAUCCCAUCUUCAAGGUCUUCGAUGCAAUCAUGAACUUCAAGAAGGAGGAGACUGCCAAGCUCAUCGAGAAACUGGACAUCAAGCUGGAUGCUGAGGACAGGGAGAAAGAGGGCAAGCCGCUGCUCAAGGCUGUGAUGCGUCGCUGGCUUCCUGCUGGAGAGGCUCUGCUCCAGAUGAUCACCAUCCACCUGCCCUCCCCGGUCACUGCUCAGAGGUACCGCUGUGAGCUGCUGUAUGAGGGACCCGGGGAUGAUGAGGCUGCCAUGGGUGUGAAGAACUGUGACCCCAAGGCCCCUCUCAUGAUGUACAUCUCAAAGAUGGUCCCCACGACCGAUAAGGGCCGCUUCUACGCCUUCGGGCGCGUCUUCUCGGGGAUCGUCGCCACAGGACAGAAGGUGCGCAUCAUGGGCCCAAACUACACCCCCGGCAAAAAGGAAGACCUGUACCUGAAACCUAUCCAGAGGACUAUUCUAAUGAUGGGGCGAUAUGUGGAGCCCAUCGAGGACGUGCCGUGUGGUAACAUCGUGGGUCUGGUGGGCGUGGAUCAGUACCUGGUGAAGACCGGCACCAUCUCCACCUUCGAGCACGCCCACAACAUGAGGGUGAUGAAGUUCAGUGUGAGCCCUGUGGUGCGUGUGGCUGUGGAGGCGAAGAACCCGGCUGACCUGCCCAAAUUAGUGGAGGGGCUGAAGAGACUCGCCAAGUCAGACCCCAUGGUCCAGUGCAUCAUUGAGGAGUCUGGGGAACACAUUGUGGCCGGGGCUGGGGAACUGCAUCUGGAAAUCUGCCUGAAGGAUCUGGAGGAAGACCACGCCUGCAUCCCGCUGAAGAAAUCAGACCCGGUGGUGUCGUACCGCGAGACGGUGAGCGAGGAGUCGGACCAGGUGUGCCUGUCCAAGUCCCCCAACAAGCACAACCGCCUGUACAUGAAGGCUCGCCCCUUCCCAGACGGGCUGGCCGAGGACAUUGACAAGGGAGAUGUGAGCGCGCGGCAGGAGCUGAAAACCCGCGGCAGAUACCUGGCAGAGAAGUACGAGUGGGACGUAUCCGAGGCACGCAAGAUCUGGUGCAUGGGGCCUGACGGGAACGGACCCAACAUCCUGCUGGACGUGACCAAGGGGGUGCAGUACCUCAACGAGAUCAAGGACAGCGUGGUGGCCGGCUUCCAGUGGGCAACCAAGGAGGGCGUGCUCUGUGAAGAGAACAUGCGUGCCGUGCGCUUUGAUAUCCAAGAUGUGACUCUGCAUGCCGAUGCAAUCCACCGUGGGGGUGGCCAGAUCAUCCCUACAGCCCGUAGAGUGUUGUAUGCAUCGGCGAUCACCGCGCAGCCACGACUCAUGGAGCCCAUCUACCUAGUGGAGAUACAGUGUCCGGAGCAGGUGGUGGGAGGGAUCUACGGUGUGCUGAACAGGAAGCGUGGUCACGUGUUUGAGGAGUGUCAGGUUACAGGGACACCCAUGUUCAUCGUCAAAGCGUACCUGCCUGUGAACGAGUCUUUCGGUUUCACAGCGGACUUGAGGUCCAACACUGGAGGCCAGGCCUUCCCACAGUGCAUCUUCAACCACUGGCAGAUCCUCCCUGGAGACCCCUUCGAUCCCAAAAGCCGGCCCUACCAGGUGGUAGCAGAGACCCGCAAGCGCAAGGGGCUGAAGGAGGGCAUCCCUGCCCUGGACAACUUCCUCGACAAACUCUGAACACGCCUGCAUCUGUCACUUGUCAUGCACUUCAGCAUUGUAAAAUCACUUAAAAAAAAAAAAAAAAAAGUAUAAUAAAAAAGACAAAACGUAA